AUGGAAAAAUUCGAUCAAAGUGACACUAAACCGAUAAACAAUCGAGAUUGUUCAUUAACAUCACAUAUAUUCAAAUAUCAAAACGAUUAUGUUAAUAAACUGUCAAAAUAUAAAUAUAAUUUCACAAAUAAAAAUUCUUCUAAUUCGUCGAAUAUUUUUAUUAAAUUAAUAGAUUGUCCAACUGCACGUCGAGAUGAUCGAAUUCGCUCUCAUCAUCAAAUAAAAAUACAUCGACAUCGAAAAACAAAACAACCUAUUUGUUAUCGUCAUUUUCCUUUUUCAUUCAAUGCUCUACAUAACUCUAACAAUAUUCAACAACGAAAUCAUAUAAGUUCAAUCAAUCAACAAUCUACUCUUCAAUUUAAAUCUCGAAAAGAUAAUGAAACAAAUAUGUCUAUUACUAUUCAAAAAAUAUCUAACAAAAAUAUUCACUCAAGUAACAAAGUUCAUAAAAUUAAUGAAUCAAAUAAAUCUAUACUAAAUUUAAAAGAAGAAGGUUCGCAAAUUUGUUUAUAUCGACGUAUCUCAAAUGAUAAAUUAGAUAUUCGAAAUGAACAGAAACCAGUUACGAAUUUUUUUAUAUCAAAUGAAAAUGAUAAUAAAUCAAGUGUUGAUAAUAAUUUCAGACAAUCUUCAAAUACAUUUUUAACACCUAUUCAUAUAUUAAAACAAGAAAACGAUUAUACUACUAACAUUAAGCUGAAAAUUUCGUUCUUAAAUGAACUUACAACUUGUAUAAUGCAUCAAAGUCCAUUAGAAGCGAUCAUAAGAUUCAAUAUAAUACCAGCGUAUAUUUUAGUAUUAAUUAACCAUAUGAUAAGAAUGUCGUUAAUACAAAUACCAAGUCUACCAUUAAUAAUUCUAGAAUCAGAUAAUUCAAAUCUCAAGAGAUAUAAAUCAUCAUUGAAUAUAAUACUUAUUGAUAAUGUUAAAGAUCAACAAAAAGCUUUUAUUAAUCAUGAUCAAUCAAGAAUUUCAGAUGAUUUUACUAAUUUUUUAAAUAAGAAGUACUCAAGUAAAGAUAACGUACAUCAUAUUGUCUCAAGACAAGAACGUGAUAAUAUGAAAGAGCGAAAUGAAAAUUCUGACAGUAUACAUAUAUAUGAAAAAGCUGAUUCAUUGACUAACCAAGCAUUUGAGACUUUAUCAUCAACUAAUCAACCAAUACUUGAAGAUGAUGGAAGUAUAAUCUCGAAUGAUACACGCAACGAUAGUGAACUAUUGUUAAAUUUCGAUGAACUUUUUUCUUCACAAGCAAACAUUGCAAAUUGCGAAGAAGAACAAAACGGGAAGUUUAUUGUUGAUUAUGAUCAGAAAAUCAACAACGAGAAUCUGAUAGGUAAUGAAGAAAGCAAUUAUGAUUUGAAUUUACGAAGUAUACUUCUAUCCAAUCUACCAGUUGAUCCAUCCUUUACAUUUGCGUCAACUAUUGAUGGAAUAGGCAAACAAGAAUCUAUUCUUAACUCGAAAUCAAAUAAGAUUAUUUUAUUAUCGGAUCAGAUCCAUCAUCGAUUGAUAUCCGAAAGUAAAGAUCAACAGGAUGAUGACACGUCUUCAUCACUAUUGACGGAACGAUCUCAUUUACUAAGAUAUCUACAAGCUAUCCAGGAACCACCUAAUGCAAAUCCAACAAAUGUUUACCUGCAUAAUAUGUUCGAACAAACUACUAAUCAAAGUUCUGAUCCAUUACUGUCAACUGCUCGAAUUCCAAAACAUUCGUCGACAUCCCUUCAAACAACGGCUUCUUCUCGGCAUGAUACACAACACAAACCAGCAUUCGACAAAGGUAAAGCAAAUUUUGAUGCUCUAAGCAACGUUUUUAUUACAGCCUAUUCAUAUUCUUUAACUCGUUAUGAAUCGUUUCCAAAAGAAUAA